UUGUCAAAAAUAAGACCUAUCUUUACUAAAAAAUCGGUCAUGGCGGAUUUCAGUAGUACAUUUAGCUUCGAAAAUGCAAUUGUUUCUCAAUUUAUUUUUUAUGCAACAAUUGUUCUUCUAAAGAUGAUGCUUAUGAGUGUAUGGACAAGUAAAAAUAGGAUAUCGAAAGAGGUGUAUGCAAAUGUAGAAGACCUGAAGCUAAGCCCAAAUGACAAACUAAAAAUUAACACGACUGACACAGAUGUGGAAAGAAUAAGAAGAUGCCAUCAGAAUGACAUUGAGAACAUCAUUCCGUUUGUCCUAAUUGGAUGUUUUUAUUGUAUGACUGGACCAUCUCCGUUCAUUGCUGGUUUGCACUUCAGACUGUUUGCUGCUUGCAGAAUCUUCCAUACCAUUGCAUACCGUUUUGUCAUACCACAACCGGCAAGAUUUAUUGCAUUUCUUGGCGGAUGGGGAAUUACUGCUUCAAUGGCUGUUGCUGUUCUUGGUUCGGCUACAAUGUAAAUGUGAUAACGUUUCUGAGCUGUAUUUGUAAAAAUUAAACAUAUUUAUCAUAUAUUAUGAACACACAAAUACAUUACACGUCACAUCAAUUUGUGAAACGUUUUAAUUGAAAAUUAAUUAAAACUAAAAUAUAACAGUACAUUUAUAAUUGAGUGUAAAAUGUAAUUGUU